UCUACCCCACAGUUUGCCGCUUGGUGUAAACCACCUGGUGGUAUUAAUAAACCUGUUUCUGAUUCUGAUUUAUUGAUUGUCAUCAAUAAAGUAUAUCCUCUCGUGUUUAACCCUAUGGUUUAACCUUAUCUGUCUGACAGGUGGCGCUGUUGUUCCGCAGAUGUUAGCGGUGCUGCGUGUGGAAGAAGCCGCCUGUUGGUGCUGUUUACUGGGCAUGAGCUCAGAGAAAUGGGGCCGUCUUCCUCUCUGACCCGUCGAUGAAAAAAUAAAAAACCAGGGGAUGCACAGCGGCACAGAGGAAACACGGCUUCACAGGCGAAAAACCAGGAAUGCUGAUGCUGCUAAACAUGGGGAGUCGCCUCCUUUAUGGAAUAAACCGAGUGUCCGCUGAUGUGUGUAUGCAGUGAGUUUUUUACAAACAGAAGAUUUGGACUUUUUAUUUAAUUUUUUACACACAUCUGCAACGAUGCGGGCUGCGGAGUGGAGACGAGGCGCUGCGAUUGUGCUCUGCAUUUUGGGAUACCUUGUCUCCAGAGCUGCCGCUAAAACAUUUCCGGAGGACCCCGCCACAGAAGAGGUGACUCUGAAGGUUCACUUGAGCGAUGCCAGCACUCACCAGCCCCUCGGAGGAGCCGCCGUGCAUCUCUUCGCCAACCACACUGCUGUAACCACGGAAACCUCGUCAACUGAUGGCAACACCUACCUGCGCUUCCCCUACCGCCUUGGGACACCUCUGGUCGUCACCGCAACCAAACGGGGAUAUGUGCCAAACUCUGUGCCCUGGACUCCUUCUAGAUUACCUGUAUUUUCCUCCAUCAGCCUGGACCUGCUACCAGAAAGAGCUGCGACUCUGAUGGUGUAUGAGGAUGUUGUAGAGAUUGUUUCAGGCGUACAAGGUUUCAGGCAUCAGCCCAGUGUUCAUUUCCAGCGCAGAGCUCUGAGUCUUCCCGCCGACACAUCCUACGCAAACCUAACGGCUCUACUCACCGUGGCCUGCUCCCCCUCGCACAUCCAGCACUUUCCCCACCUGCAGGUCCUCAGCGGCAACGGCACAGGGAACGAGAAGAGGUUUGAGUUGACUCCUGUAGCAGCCAUCUCUGUGCACUUAUUGGCCAGCGACGGAGUGGAGCUGCAGGUGAAUGAGCCAAUCACGGUGUCCGUCCCCCUGCCGGCCGACAGUGGCCUGAAGGAAAAUGAUCACAUCCCUGCUUGGAGAUUCGACCCGCGUUUCGGUGCUUGGAUAAAGAGCAGUUGGGGUCACGUGCAGCGAGAGGGCAACCAGCUCAGUCUGACUUACAUCGCUCCUCAGCUGGGAUACUGGGUGGCCGCCAUGUCUCCAAUACACUCAGGUCCAGUGUUUGCGAAGGACAUCAGCACGUACCACACAGUGUUCCUGUUGGCUAUACUGGGAGGCAUGGCUCUCAUCCUGCUCUGCCUGCUCUGUCUCCUGUUGUACUACUGCAGGAGACGUUGUUUGAAGCCUCGAGUGUCUCACCGCAAGCUCACUAUGUCCUCUGGUCUGGACAGCAGUAAGAAGGAUCAAGCUACCUCCAUGUCGCACCUGGACCUCAUCAGCAGCGAGGCGCAGCUGGAACUUGUUUCCACUGCGACUGAGCCCAACAUGACCACACCGAUGCUGAAGCCGUCCUCAUAUGAGCAACAAGACAAUCAUCGUCAACACAGCCUAAUCCAUCACAGCAAACACAGCCGCUCCUCGCUCGGCAACAGCCACCACGGCUCUUCUCUUGGCAACCUGACGCCGCGCAGCAGAGACUACCGGCAGUCUGCCGAGACGUUCCAAUUAAAGUCCGCCCUCUCGUGUGGGACAGACAGAGGCUACCGCCAAUCAUACACCUCCGUCUGUUCGUCCAGCAACCCGGUUUCAGACGCACUGUCGUCGGCCAAUCAAGGUCAGGUGUCUGCCAAUCAGCUGAGCAGUGUCGGGAUUGUUGACUUCAUCUCCCCUUCCUCUCCCCCUCACUCCCCCAGUAGAGGGGAGGUGUGUGAGUGCAGAGCUCCUGACUACCUCCUCUCCCGCUCUGUGGACCACCUGGAGCGCCCCCCCCCCCCACUGCUCCCCAGGCCGGGCCAGCUGCUCUGCUGCGGCUCCGUGGACCUGCUGAGUGGGGGGGAGGGCUACCCGAGGGUGCGUCCCACCCUGGUCAUCCCAGCUCACUACAUGCGCCUGCCGGGGGAGCACCCUCUGUCCGGUCAGGCACUUCUACUACAGACUGACCAACAGAGUGACUUGGAGACCAUCCAGGCUGAGCUGAAUGCCUCACAUUCCCAGCAGCCACUGGGGCAAUCCCUCUCUGACCUCGGCCCGCAUCCCGCCAAACAGGGCGGUGGAGAACGUAUGGGGCUGUCGGAGUCUCUGUCCAUCCCAGCAGCGCUUGGGGAAACGGGUCUGAUGGAGAUAAACAGCGAGGACACGUUGUUGGCUGAAAAGACUUUAAUGGAGCUCAGGGGAGGGAAGCCUCUGCCUCACCCACGAGCCUGGUUCGUCUCGCUUGAUGGACGCUCCAACGCUAUUCGCCACUCCUACAUUGACCUCCAGCGGGCGGGGUGCCACAGCAGCUCGCCAAGUGGAGGAGGCCAACACGAUACUGGCAGCGGUGGGAGGCGGGGCAACGAUGCCAGCUUGGACUCCGGCGUGGACCUGAACGAGCUGAGAGUGGGCCGCAGGGGGAGAGUUGUAGGAUGGCAGGAAAGAGGGAUUGCGAAAGACAGGUCGAAGAGCACAGCACCAGCCAUGGCCUACACUCAGCUGGUGUAUGUGGAUGAUCUGGACGGGGGCGGCAGCGAGGAAGAGACGCCCAAAUGCAGCCCAGAGGACAGUGACACGACACACAUCCUGUCAGACAAAGCAGAGGGUCAGAGGGGAGAUCUGGGGGGUGAGGAGGGGAAAAUAGAAGAGGUGGUACAAAUACAAGAGGAACCGCCCUCACUUUCCUCUUCAUCCCCUUCUUCUCCUCCUCCCCUGCCAACACCUGAGGGAGAGACGUUCAGGACUGAUCAUGUGCUGCUGUCAGUGUCUCCUGAUGACGAUGCAGCACAGGAUGAUGGAGAGGAGGAGAAGAAGAGUCCCUGGCAGAAGAGAGAGGAGCGACCUCUGCUGGCCUUCAACCUGAAAUGAUCCACAGGUGACCACUUCAAGGAUAGCCUCACACUUUUUUUUUUAAUCAAAUACUCACAUGCCAAUAAGUACAUAGAAAGCAUGUUUGGUUGCUGUAAUUAUUCCUACUGUGCAUAAUGGUCCGUCUUAAAGUGAUGGUGAGACAAAAACCAAACGUUUUUGUUCUGUGCUAAAAUAUUUUCUAAUUUGGUCUGAUUUAGUAUCAAUCUUACAUAUUGGAGAUCUCGCAAAAUCCUUCUUUUAUUUUUUUUUAAAUGGAUAGAGGAUUUUAUUAUCCCUAUAGGAAAUCUAGGCAUUACAAUAAAAAGUAGUAAGUAUAGGCAGUACAAAUACAUAGCAACUAUCUCAGAAAACGGAUGCAUUUCUACACUUCUUAGUUUCAUCUCAACACACAGAAAUAAUACUUUUAAUUCAGUGUGAUUUACACUUACAUAUUUCAUUCUCUCAGAUGUCCAUCGUAAAUAAACUCCAUAAAUAUGCUUAGAAUUUAAGAGAAAAUCUCACAACAGAUUCUAAUCAUAUAAUCAUCCCGUUAUAUAUGUAUAGGGAUACAACAAGUACAAUGACCAAAAUUGUUCAGCUGUACAUAUGGGCAUGUCAGUUUUUAUUUGAGACUUCAAAAGUGUGAACCUAUCCUUUAACUAUGACUCCUGUUUUUGCGCCGAUCAUAACGUGAAGGAAAAGACCAUUUUAAUUAUAGCUCUUUGUUUUCUUAAUAGAGCACUGACAUAAUAUUUCAGCACUGGGAUACCUCCUAGUCCAGAGCUUCAGGUUCCCUUUAUUAAAAGACCACUGUUGUUCUCCACACUUUCCAUAAACUCAUCAGGAUGGAGUGAUGUACACUUGACGAAGACAAAUGGACGAUGGAGGCGAGAAAGUUGAAUAUUUUAUGCACAACAAAUAUAUGCCUUUUUUAUAACUAGCCUUGUGCGCAUAAAGGAACUGUUGGGGGAACAGACUAUGGGUGGUUCUCACAAAUGAACGAAUACAGGAGCCUUUUUCUCUAGCCAUAUUGGCCUCUGUCCACUGACUGUAAAGAACACACUACACUUCUUUAUCGUGAGAUGAAUACCCUCAUUUUUAAGAUUGUGGAGCAUCUGUGCCAAAAUAUGGCAGGUGAUCAUACUCUUUCCUUAGUCUGUCAGGAAGAGUCUUACAGUGGGUUCUGCACAGAUAAUCAGCCCUGACAUAAACAUGUGAAUCCUGUACUUUUAAUUGGUUUUAAGGAUGAUGCUAGAAUUUAAUCUAGCCCAUCAGAAUGCUGAAUGGGUUUUUAGAUGAUCCACAGAGGGGGUAAAGUGUUUGGAGUACUGAAAUGAAACCACUAUCCGCACUGCACAGAUGUGACACACCACUCUGCUGGUUAUAAGGAUGUAAUACCACUGCAAAACUGUAGUUCCACCAACAAAACAAAAAGUGUGAGGUGUAAUAAUAUGAAGGGUUUUGUGCUUGUUGAACCACUGACUAGAAUAUUUUUGCUCUGAAGGCUAUGCAUCACUUUUAUACGGCUGCUUGAGAUGCCUUUUUUGUCAUUUUAAUCAAUAUAAUUUGAAUUGCCAACAUGAAGUAUUUUACCUGGGAAAAUAGGCUAUUUUUAUUUCCUUUAAUAUGUUAAGGACUUUUUUUCCUAACUCGCCUUAUGUUAAGACUUUCAAAAACACAACUGCAAGUUUUACCUGAAACCAAACUAUUUUUUGCAUGCUCUGUUUCACCUUAUUUUAGUUUUUAACCUUUUCCUCAUGUUCCAAGUGCCUUUGAACACCCUGACUAUCCAAUUUGUGGAACAGAAAACCUUAUUUAUUUCUCACCUUCUUUUGCCUUUAGCUUCUCUCCUCUACCUCAGCCCUCCCUUUCUCUCCCACUUGUGAAAGAAAGCAUGCAGUAAACUUUCCUCAGCACUAGCAUAUUACAAGCUACACUGCAGACGUUUCAGAAAAUGUCUACCAGCUGCUUCAAUCGUAAAAUCCUCUACAGUAAUCAGCAAGGCACCAAUCUGUCUUAGACUAAGCAGUUAAGGAUUUACAAAAGUUUUGAGUGAAGCACGGAAUAGAUAAAGCUAAGUGCGAUUGUAUGUGAAGCGAAACUGCAGGUCAUUUCAGUGCAUUUUCUUACUUUAGUGUCUGUAGAGGGUGAAUGUUCGUCUCGAAUGUGUGUGCCUGGGUUGUGUUCAUCUGCUCUGCUGCUGGCUGUGAGUUUGUGUUGUCAGACUGUGUGUCGAUGCAAAACCGCUGACAAAUAAUCAACAUACAUCCACUCAAGGUUGAUAUAGUCAUAGCAAUCAUAUUAAAGAGUGUGUAUAGUUUUUACUUUGCUUCACCUGGUCAAAUGAUGUGUGAGUUGUUGUGAAUGUUCUCUUUUCUCUUAGUAUCCCACAGCAAUCUCCAGGUCGAGGGUGGAGUUGCAGUAGUACAGCAUCCUGAGUGUGUUGCUGGGUUGCUUGCAUUAUAUUUGAAGCCUAUUAUUCUAAUAAACCGCCAAACUGGAA